GCAGUUGGUGUUAUUGUGACUAUCGAGCCGCGGCCCCGGAUGUUGUGGCUGCCGGGGGGGAGAUGGCGGAGGCUGAGGGGGUGGCCGCGACCCCAGGCCCAGUUUCAGGGUCGGCUUUCAGGGGUCGCCCAGCUAUGUCAGACUCCUGGGAGCGCGACCAACAAGUUGAGGCGGCGCAGCGGGCCCUGGUGGAGGUCCUGGGGCCUUACGAGCCUCUGCUGAGCCGGGUGCAGGCAGCCCUGGUGUGGGAGCGGCCAGCCAGGAGCGCCCUGUGGUGCCUGGGGCUGAACGCGGCUUUCUGGUUCUUUGCACUGACAUCCCUACGUCUUGUAUUUUUACUUGCAUUUGGCUUGAUGAUCAUUGUUUGUAUUGAUCAAUGGAAGAACAAAAUCUGGCCUGAGAUAAAAGUGCCAAGACCCGACGCAUUAGACAAUGAGAGCUGGGGCUUUGUGCACCCUCGGUUGCUCAGCGUGCCCGAGCUCUGCCACCAUGUAGCUGAAGUCUGGGUUAGUGGGACCAUUUUCAUAAGGAAUCUUUUGCUUUUCAAAAAGCAAAACCCAGGCAAGUUCUGCUUGCUGAGCUGUGGGAUACUGACAUUUAUGGCUGUCUUGGGUCGCUACAUCCCUGGGCUUCUGCUAUCUUACUUGAUGCUUGUCACUGUCAUGAUGUGGCCCCUUGCUGUGUACCAUCGACUGUGGGAUCGAGCCUAUGUACGGCUGAAGCCAGCUCUGCAGCGGCUGGAUUUCAGUGUCCGUGGCUACAUGAUGUCCAAGCAGAGAGAUAGACAAUUGCGUCGCAGAGCUCUAUACCCAGAACGUACCAUGGACAACCAUAGUGACAGUGAAGAGGAGCUUGCUGCCUUCUGUCCUCAGCUGGAUGAUUCUGCUGUUGCCAGGGAAUUGGCUAUCACUGACUCAGAACACUCAGAUGCUGAGGUCUCCUGUGCAGACAAUGGCACAUUCAAUCUUUCCAGGGGCCAAACACCUCUAACAGAAGGUUCUGAAGACCUAGAUGGUCAUAGUGAUCCAGAGGAAUCCUUUGCCCGAGACCUUCCAGACUUCCCUUCCAUUAAUGUGGACCCUGCUGGCCUGGAUGAUGAGGAUGAUACCAGCAUUGGGAUGCCUAGCUUGAUGUACCGUUCUGCACCAGGAGCUGAGGAUCCCCAGGUUCUCCCUUCCAGCCGGGAUGAGGCUAUACUGCCAGAGCUCCUGCUUGGUGCCCUGCCUGUAGGAUCCAACCUCACCAGCAACCUUGCCAGCCUGGUCUCCCAGGGUAUGAUCCAGCUGGCCAUGUCAGGAGCCUCCCAAUCAGGCCCUUCUGGCCCACCUCCCCGGAGAGCAACAAGAGGCUUCCUCAGAGCCCCUAGUUCAGACCUGGACACUGAUGCUGAGGGAGAUGACUUUGAACUUCUGGACCAGUCAGAGCUGAAUCAGCUGGACCCUGCCAGUUCUAGGAGCCAAUGAGGAGACAGACUCCUUUUAGGGGGUCAUUGUGGUUUAGGUUUUUUUUUUUUUUUUCCCUCCACUUAGGGUGAUGGGGCAGGGGAAGAACCCAGGUCCCAUCUCCUGAAUGAUAUUUGUAUGCUGGGUGGCCUGACUGAUGCUCAGAGGCCUGUUUAGAGAGGAUACUCCUUCCCCUACUACCAGCUGGACAUCCAUUUCUGUGCUUAGGCAUCGAACUAAGAGUGUGCUCUCCUAAAGGAGGCUUCUCUCCAUCAGGAUGGUACUUUGGGGAACAAAGUCAGGGAUAUUGGUUCCUUUUUGAGAAGUGCUGCUGUUUGCUUUUAGGUCUGGGUGCUCAGGGGCCCUCAAUGAUAGAAGAGUCCCUUUCUUUCCUUCCCUUGCCUCCCUAAAACCCCCCAAAAUCAGGCAGCAGCUGGAAGAGUUGUCAUCUUCUGUCAGACCAUGCUUUGAUUUGUUUUUUCAAAGCACACUUGUCCUUUGGUUCUGCAAAGCAGACCUGUUCCCUCUUCCUUUAGCUUGUCCUCAUUUCUUGAGGGCUGACUCCCAGUGUUCCAAAAUAAGGCUUGUGAAAUUUAAGAAAUGUGAACAUGAUGUAGGGAUGGGAGUCUUCUACAUUACCUUGGGCCAAUAGGGGUCAACUGGCUGGGAGGGUUUGUGAGCGCUUCUGUGUCUUGAGGUCUCGCUGAAUCUUCCGAAGCUAUGUGGUUGUCUUUGGUGCUGCUAACCCCUGGCUCUAUUUGACCAACAGUCUGAGCAGUGAGCAAAGCAAUACCAUACUCAAUUAUAUGUUCUCUUCCUUCCUCUGCUCCUCCUCUGGAGAAGCAAUAAUUCCAUGGGGGAUGGCAAAGUAGCACUUUACAAAUGGCUCUGUGGCAUUCAUCCUAGGAGCCACAGCUCUUCUUGCACCAGCUCCUUUACUGCUUUUAUUUUCAAUUGCUUUCCAAUUUGGCAGGACUUUCUUUAAGGAUGAGCCCAGAUAGCAAGAAUUAUGUCUGUGCAGCAGAGACCCCUCUAAGGGUAUCUGUUCUGCAACCCUUAGUAAUAUAAUGCAAGACAAAAACCCAAAAAUAUUUGGUUCUAAACCUGUGCCAGCCUACUCCCUCUCUGCCUCCAUAAUCAGAGCUCAAGCCAAACUCUGCUGUCCUCUUUCCCUCUUGUAUUAAUCCUUUGCCGAUCCUCAGGGACUACUCC